AGCACAAUUCCCGUUUUUUAUCUGAUUACCUAUAGCAAUAAUAGCACCUACUCCAGUAUCAUCUUUAGUACAUUCAUCCACUCUAGUUACUGCAGGUAUUUAUCUUAUAAUUAUAUAUAGAGAAAUAUUAGAUAUAAAAUACAAUAUAUUAGUUAUAAUAUUAUCUAGUAUAAUAAUAUUUUUUUCAGGAAUAAUAGCUAAUAUUGAGAUAGAUUUUAAAAAAAUUAUUGCUUUCUCUACAUUAAGACAAUUAAGUUUUAUAAUAAGCAUUAUUUCAAUGGGUCUUUAUGAAUUGGCAUUUCUUCACUUAUUUAUUCAUGCAAUAUUUAAAUCAAUAAUAUUUAUAUGUGCUGGAAGAUUUAUUCAUUACAUAAAAGGAAAUCAGAACUUUCGAAUAUAUAAAGGAAUAUUUUAUAUAUAUCCUAUAAAAAGAACAAUUAUAACUAUAUCAUUAAUAAUAAUAUGUGGAUUUCCUUUUCUAGUAGGAUUUUACUCAAAAGAUAUUAUAAUUGAAUCAUAUAUAUUUUUAUUGCUUAUUACUGGAACUAUACUUACCAUUUCAUAUUCAAUACGAAUCAUUAAAACAUUAAUAAGUAAAUCGUUAUCAAUAAAACAUAAUUUACACUAA